UAAAUGUUUUUGACAUGUUCUUAAAACGUUUGUAAAAACUGUUAUCACACAAACGUUUCGAAAACAAUUUUAAAAUGUUAUGACAAAAUACCUUAUUGUCUCAUGAAAUGACGUCACACACGUCAUAUUUUGCACCCGCCAUCAUCAGUUCAAGUUUAUUCUACAUCCAAGUGACAUUGUGCAGCAAGAGCUGGAUUGUCGAACUCUGUUUUCUUAGGGGCCAGUGGCAAAAGAAUACAACAGCAUUCCAGGAAAUACACACGGAAAUAUUAGGUGUAUUGAGGACUACACCAAAUACACCAGGGGCUGUGAAUGAUGCAAACAAAAAUGGAUCAAAGCAAAAUCAAAGAAAGAAGAUUCUGACAAUCAAUAAUUUAGAAAGUUGUAAAAGUUUUCUAAAAAUAUUAAAAUCUCCACAGAAAUGAGUCUUGAAGUU